AUGUUUCGGCGAGCCAAAGCCCACUGGGGCAGGGGCGAGGCCGUGGAGGCCGCGCGGGACCUGGAACGGGUGCUGGACCUGGACCCCUCGAACGCGGAGGCCAAGCAGCUCCUGCCUUACACCAAGAAGGCGCAGAAGAAGGCGGACGCGCAGGGCAAGAACACCUUCUCCAAGAUGUGCGACGCCUUCGGGAAGAUGCCCGAGAGGAAAGACCCCAAGGAAGAGGAGACGCGGGAGCCCUCUCCUCCUCGGGAGCGCUCGGACGUCGUGAGCCUCUCGUUCCGCAUGGACCUCAAGCCGGAGCAGGGGGAGGUUCUGUGCGUCUACGGCUCUUGCGAGGCCCUCGGCGGCUGGGACGAGAGCAAGUGCGUGGAGAUGACGCUGCUGCCCCAGAAGUGGGAGCCGCCCGUGGGCUCCGGCAGGGAGCCGCCGAGGAAGUACACGUGGGAGGUCGUGGUGGACGUGAAGGAGACCGAGGAGCUCGUGGAGUACAGGUACCUGGUCCGCGACGCCGGGGGGAAGACGCUGCGGGUCGAGGACGGGGGCGUCCACAAGUGCCACGUGUCCGGCAUGGGGGGCACCCGCCAGCGCUGCACGGACUCGUGGAGGAAGAGCGGCAGCUGA